GUCCUGCUAUAGCCCUUGCCGCCACCGCCACAGGUUUCAAGAUGCCAGCCGUGAGCCAAGGCCUUUUCUCCCCUGUGAAGCUCGGAGGAGCCCCAGCGGCAUUAGUAGGACCACCGCCAAAGGUGAGAAUGGCAGCCCCAGCAGCACCCAUGCGCCCAGAGGAGCCAUACCACGUCCUGGACCUGGAGGACGGUCCAGCAGCAGAUCUUCAAGAAGCUUCACUCAUCCAAACUUCUCCCGAAGAGCGAAGAGGAGCUGGCAGCCCCCCAAAAGUGUCCCUACUCACCUACCUGGAGCGCUAUGGUGGUUACAGGGGUCAGAGGGAAGCAGGGCUGUCUAUGUGGAUUUUGGCCUCCAGCGACUUUUCGGCUACAAAAGAGUUUUUGGCUUUGGGAGUCAUGGCGCUGGAACAAAGUGUCUUCGAUGCGGGAGACUG